AUGAGGAAGGAGAUGGACGAACUGAGGAACGCCAUCAAAGAGAAGACAGACCGAAGCGUAGAUAGAAUGGUAAGGGCCACGGAUUCACCUUUCACCGCGACGGUACUUGAAUGCCCCGUGUCGUCAAAGUUUCGUUUACCUCAACUUGAGUCGUUCAACGGACUCAGAGACCCACAGGAUCACCUUAAUACCUUCAAGAUGACGCUAGGUUUUCAACAGCCACCCGACGAGAUAUUGUGUCAUUCCUUUCCCACCACUCUCAAAGGAGCUGCAAGGGAAUGGGGGCAGUGUCCAAAGAGGCCGGCGGACCAUUUACUCACCAUUAGACAGGGAAAAAAGGAAACCCUGAGGUCGUACGUGAAACACUUUACUCAGGAGACUCUAGAGGUGGACGAAGCUAAUGACAAGGUGCAGCUGACGACCUUCAAAGCGGGACUGAGAUCCAAAGAUCUCGUGGCUUCACUUGCGAAGAAUCCUCCAAAGACGAUGGCAAAGAUGCCCCUGAAAGUACAGAAGUACAUGAAUGCUGAAGACGCUUUAGUAGCCAUAAAAGAUGUAGAGAAGCCAGGAGACAAGGGAAAGAAGGAAGACGAGCGUAGGGGUCAAAAGAGGGAGCGCCUAGAUCGUCGGAGCUAUGACAGGAACAAAAAAAAGGAUGACAAAGGUCCUCGGAUGAUAAAAUUUACUCCUCUAGUUAUGCUUGUUGACAAAAUUUUAAUGCAGAUUAAGGACGACCACUAUCUCAAAUGGCCAAGACCAUUACACUCAUCCCCUAACGUCCGUGAUAAGAACAAGUACUGCCGAUUCCACAAGGAUCACGACCACAACACAAAAGAUUGUAAGGACCUAAAGGAGCAAAUAGAGGAGUUAAUACAAAAAGGGAAAUUACAGAAAUAUGUGAAGGAGGAAUAUAAUAAUUUCAGGGACAGCAAUAAGAGCUAG